AUAUAUUUUCAUGCCAUCAAAUUUUAAGUUAGAUCACUUUUUUAAAGUAAAUAUGAGUAAGGGUCCAGGUUUAUACCAUGAUAUUGGCAAGAAGGCCAGAGAUGUUCUGUAUGGAGAUUAUGCUCAUCAACCAAGAACCCAUUUUGGUUUCAAGAAUAAUAUAAGGUGGAAUUUUGAUCUCUCCUGUCAAUCUCCAGAUAUUUUGCAAGGAGUAUCAGCAUAUUUCAGAUUUUUAGUACCUGAUUCUGGCAGGGUAGAGCUGAGAUACUUGAAUGAUUAUUUCGGGAUUGCCGCUGGUGCCGGAGUGAGAUCAUAUGAAGAUGGAGUGUUUAGAGGAGAAGGAUAUUACCCUGUUGUAAACGUAUCAGGUGUGGCAGGAAGCACAUUUUUCUCACUCGGGACUGACGUAACCUUCAAUGUAGCAGAAGGUUCAUUCGAAGAGUUCCGAGUUGGUAUGAGCUUCAACAGUCCCUUCAUUCACUCUUCCGUCAAUUUGGACGAUAAACUUGACGCUGUAAAAGCUUCCUGUUACUACUCAUUCAAUCAACUAACAAGGACUGCUGUCGCAGCAGAAUUGAAACAUAAUUUUUCAACAUCAGGAAAAACUACACUUACAUUUGGCGCGCAACAUUCCAUGUUUCCAUACACAUUGAUGAAGGCCCGAAUGAACACUGAUUUCAAAAUGAGUGCACUUUUUAGGCUCGAUUUGUGGAACAAACUCCUCCUUGCUUUCACAGGAGAGAUGAAUAUGAUGGCGUCCGACUCCGACAAGAUCUCCAAAGUUGGAGUUUCUAUGGCUUUCAAUCUCUAGAUCAAAUUCACCUGAAAAACGAGAAAGACAAUAAUUAUGCCAUGUCGAUAAAGUAUGGCAGGCAGAUUAUUUGCUUAUAUGGCUCUGCUAUAUCAAGAUUUAUGUAUAGGUUUCACUUUUAAAAUCCCUUUUCUAAUACUAAACUAAAUAUUGGGAAAAACCAGAAAAGCGAGUGAAAAGUGUAUGCAACAUUCAUUAUAGUACAUUGUUUUAUUUGAUAAGAUAAA